AGAAAUGUGGGCCACCACUAGUUCCAACACGGUGAGGGAAGAUUAUCACACUAUCUCAGCACAAGAUGUCUCUCCCUACUUAGUCAACAAGGAGGCAUUUGGAGUGAAUGGAGAAAAUGAAGGUGGUGAUGGAGUUGGAAUUGAGUGUUGUCUCUCAGGGAAUAAGGAUUUCUUUGAUGUUAUUAUGUCAAAGUCACAUAUCACCCGCCCUCACUGUCUGCAUAUGCCAAAACAUAUUCUUCCCAAGCUUCCGGGUGUAACGAUGCCUUUGGUCCUGAGGCAUGGUGACAAACAGUGGGAGACGAUGUACGUUGGAGGCAACAGGAAGCCGAGGUUCGAUUGUGGUUGUUGGAAAACCUUUGUGGAUGAUAACAAUCUGGCAGAGGGAGAUGCUUGCAUCUUUGAGGUGAUGGAGUCGAGCACUCAGAUUCUGAGGUUCGACGUCGUCAUCCUCAGGAACACCAUGGAUCUGCCGCCGGCACUGGUGUCCAAGAUUCAAUCCAAUGGCAAGACACCAGAGACAGCUAUAGAGAUUAUUUAGCUUUCACUAUUUUCACCAUCAAGAAGCUUUACAUUUCUGUCUGGACUCUGGCUUAUCUAUGUAUUCUACUCUACUCUGUUAAUUUAUUGGCCAUGGGAAAUUGGCACCUUAAGGCACAUUCCCUCUA